UAUUUUGUACAUUUCACUGUAAUAUACAUUGUGUGUUUCAGGGUUGCGGUCAUUGGAUUGUGCUGUCUGACAACUUGGGAAUUAUAUUGUAAUUUGCUAGCCUACGUUAACACAAUAAACUCAGAAUCACCAAAAAUAACUAGGAAACGGACAGUCUAUGGACAAAGAGAACCGACCAAUCAGCUUCGAGACCGCAUUAAAGGCGUUCCUGCUCAACACAUUGCAUUUAUAAAGGUUCACAAAGCAGCCAGCACAACUGUUGAGAACAUAUUUCUACGUUACGGAUACGAACAUAACCUUGUUUUUGCUCUUCCAAGAAAAAAAGAUCGCGGCGGUAUUAAACGUUUGAUAAAACAAAAUAUUCUUCCGACACCAAAAAAUCAACAUAUUGAUAUUUUCUGCACACAUGUUAGAUAUAUUAAAGAGGAUUUUAAUAGUAUGAUGCCGGCAGAUACGGUGUACAUUGGAAUCGUGAGGGAGCCCUUCAGCCAAUUCGAAUCAAGCGUACGAUUUUUACGUCAGAAAGCUUUGAUUGACAUACCAGGGAAAAAUCCGGUUUACGAAUAUUUGGCACAUAACGAAAAGUAUAUGAAGUAUGGGGGAGAUCGAAUUGCAACAACUUACAACUUUAUGUCGUAUGAUUUCGGCUUCCCUUUUGAUUUGUUUUGGAAGACUGAUUUGAAUGCAGUACAGGAUUAUUUACUUAAGCUGAAUGAGGAAUUCGAUCUUGUUUUAGUGAUGGAGUACCUUGAUGAAUCUAUAGUAUUAAUGCGUCGACUUUUAAACUGGGAUCUUCGGCACGUUUUAUAUGGUAAACUAAAUGGAAAGAAAGAUAUAGAUCUGCGGUUGAAGUUUGGACCAAAUGAAGAAAAACUGUAUCAGAAUUGGGCAAAACUUGAUUAUGCUCUUUAUUACUUUUUCCUUCAGAAAUAUAAAGAACUUAUACAUAAACAACCCCCUGAUUUUUUCGAGGAGCUUGCAUACUUCAGAGAAACCAGAGUUAGACUUUCCGAAAGUGUCACGUUCUCCACUGCUCUCAGACUCAAGGACAUGGUAUUUGAUACACCUCUUGAGGGCAUCAUUUGUUUUACAUUCCUCGGAGUCAAGUGA